GUCAUGGCGGCGUGGUGGAGUAUGCUUGAAGUGAAAAACUAAACCAAACCCCCCUCCACCUGCUCCUCUGUUCUCCUCCUUGAUUAUUUUGCGGAGCGGUUUAGGGGGUAUUUGUCGCACCCGGGGCGAAUCGACAGCAGGAAUCGGGAUCGCAUAAGUGAUUGAUAGGAGACUUAGCGGCGCGCGCAUCCGCCUGAGCAUGGCGGCGCACAAGCCCGUGGAAUGGGUCCAGGCCAUCAUUAAUCGUUUCGACGAACAGCUCCCAACUAAAACGGGACAGCAGAGCACCCACACCAAAGUGAGUACAGAGCACAAUAAAGAAUGUUUGAUCAACAUCUCCAAGUACAAAUUUGCCCUCGUCAUCAACGGUCUGACCAACAUACUCAAAAAUGUGAACAACAUGCGGAUCUUCGGCGAAGCUGCCGAGAAGAACCUCUACCUCUCCCAGCUGAUUAUCCUGGACACACUGGAGAAGUGUCUGGCAGGGCAACCCAAGGACUGCCUGAGGCUGGAUGAGGCCAUGUUGGUAAAACAGUUGCUGCCUGAAAUUUGUCAUUUCCUGCACUCGUACCGUGAGGGCCAGCAGCACGCCUCUCAGCUGCGCAGUUCUGCCUCUGCCGUGCUCUUCUCUCUCAGCUGCACCAACUUCAAUGCCGUCUUCAGUCGUAUCUCCACCAGGUUGCAAGAGCUCACAGUUUGUACAGAGGACACAGUGGAUGUCCAUGACAUUGAGCUCAUCCAGUAUAUCAACGUAGACUGCUCCAAGUUAAAGAGACUCCUACAAGAAACGGUACUUAAAUUCAAAUCUUUGAAAAAGCCGGCUCAGCUUGCAGUAAUCAGCAGUUUGGAAAAGGCUUUUUGGAACUGGGUUGAACACUACCCUGAUGAGUUCACUAUGCUCUAUCAGAGACCCCAUGCUGACAUGGCCGACUGUGCAGAAAAACUGUUCGACCUGGUGGACAGUUUUGCAGAGAGUGCAAAGAGAAAGGCUGCUGUGUGGCCACUACAGAUCAUCCUCCUCAUCCUUUGUCCAGAGAUCACUCAGAGCAUUACCAAAGAAGUAGGGGGGGAGGAAAAAGCUAACAAGAAGUCAUUUGUGGACAGUCUACGGAAGGCUCUGGGACAGCACAGCGGCAGCAGACAGUUGACUGAGAGUGCGGCCGUCGCAUGUGUCAAACUCUGCAAAGCCUGCACCUACAUCAACUGGGAGGACAAUUCCGUCAUCUUUCUCCUAGUUCAGUCCAUCGUCAUGGACCUUAAGGGUCUUCUGUUUAACCCUACUAAGCCAUUCUCGAGGGGUGCGGGCUGCCAGAGCGCCGAUGUGGAUUUGAUGAUUGACUGCUUUGUGUCAUGUUAUCGCAUCAAUCCUCGUAACAACCAGCAUUUUAAGGUAUUCCUGGCCUCGACUUCUCCUCCUACUUUCUAUUUCGUCCUGGUCAACUCCCUGCACAAAAUUAUCACCAAUUCACACCUGGACUGGUGGCCGAAGAUUGACGCCAUCUACUGCUACUCAGGAGAACUGCGCACCAUGUUUGCAGACACAUUGGGCCGAGUGGUUCAGAGUCUCGGUGCCCAUCCACCUCUGAGGAUGACAUCAAGUCUGACAUUCAAAGAGAAAAUGACGACUAGUUUAAAGUUCAAGGAGAAGUCCACUGACCUUGACUCGCGUUCUCUGCUGCUGGCCCUGGUCAAACUCAUCCAUGCUGACCCCAAACUAAUGCUGCAUAACCCAGGGAAACCAGGUCAAGAGAUCCAGAACAGCACAGCUGAGCUCAUCAAAGGUCUGGUCCAGCUGGUUCCUCUCAACCACAGUGCAGAGCUUUCACAGGAAGCCAUGGAGGCACUGUUGGUGUUACAUCAGCCAGAAACUAUUGAGCUGUGGAACCCUGACGCACCCAUUGAGACCUUCUGGGACAUCAGCUCCCAGGUCUUAUUUCUGAACUGCAAGAAGCUGAUUGGACAUCAGAUGAUCAACAGUACAGAGAUACUGAAGUGGCUCCGGGAGAUUCUCAUAUGUAGAAACAAAUUUCUCUUAAAGAACAAGGAAUGUGCCACACAGGGCAGUCUCAUCCUCAUCAGCAGACAGGCUCAGACCAAGCUGGAAGUGUGUCUCUACACCUUCCUGUGGAGCCCUGACGCAGAGGCUGUGUUGGUGGCCAUGUCCUGUUUCCGGCAUCUCUGUGAGGAGGCGGACAUCCGCUGCAAUGUGGACGAGCUGCCCGUGCAUACGGUCCUGCCCAAUUACAACACUUUUAUUGAGCUCGCCUCUGUCAGCAAUAUGAUGGCUACAGGCCGCAACACACUUCAGAAGAGAGUGAUGGCGCUGUUAAGGAGGAUAAAACGCCCUACAGCUGGAAAUGUAGAGGCAUGGGAAGACACAUAUGCAAAAUGGGAGCAAGCUACUAAACAGAUACUCAACCACCCGAAAAACAAAGUGGAAGAUGGACAGGUAGUUAAAAGAAUGAUAAUCAGUAAGGUGUAUAUAACUUUUUUUUCCUCCUCUACAAACUAUUUUUUCCUCUGUCCUCAGGAGUGGAUCAACAUGACCGGUUUCUUGUGUGCCCUGGGAGGGGUUUGUCUCCAUCAGCGCAGCACCUCUAGCCUAGGCACCUACAGUCCUCCUAUGGGACCCCUAACCGAACGCAAGGGCUCCAUGAUCUCUAUGGGCUCUUGUGAGGUGAACAGCGAGACGUCUCUUAACAGGUUUCUGGACCGUCUGCUUGGUCUCAUGGUCUGUACACAUGAAAAGGUGGGCGUGCAGAUUCGAACCAACGUCAAAGACCUUGUGGGACUGGAGCUAAGUCCAGCUCUCUACCCUAUGCUCUUCACCAAGCUACGCAACAGCAUCGGCCGGUUUUUUGAGACCCAGGGUCCGGUGCCCAUUACAGACACAAACACGCUGUUUGUAGAGCAGACCAUCGCCAUCAUGAAGAACCUGCUUGACAGUCACACUGAAGGAAGCUCAGAGCACCUCGGUCAAGCCAGCAUUGAAACCAUGAUGCUCAACCUGGUUAGGUAUGUGCGUAUUUUAGGGAAUGUUGUCCAUGCCAUUCAGAUCAAAACUAAGCUGUGCCAGCUAGUGGAGGUGAUGAUGGAACGCAGGGACGACCUCUCCUUCUGCCAAGAGAUGAAAUUCAGAAAUAAAAUGGUGGAGUACCUCACAGACUGGGUGAUGGGAACCUCUAAUCAAGCAGCAGAUGAUGACAUCAAAUGUCUGACCCGGGAUCUGGACCAGGCGAGUAUGGAGGCAGUAGUGUCUCUGUUGGCUGGUCUUCCCCUGCAGCCUGAGGAGGGUGAUGGCGUUGAGCUCAUGGAGGCCAAGUCUCAGCUCUUCCUGAAAUACUUUACGCUGUUCAUGAACCUGUUGAAUGACUGCAGCGAGGUCGAGGAAGAUGGCCAGCAGGUGGCAGGGCGGAAACGUGGGAUGUCUAGACGACUGGCAUCUCUCCGACACUGUACUGUGCUGGCCAUGUCUAACCUGCUCAAUGCUAACGUCGACAGCGGCCUCAUGCACUCCAUUGGUCUGGGGUACCAUAAGGACCUGCAGACACGAGCUACGUUCAUGGAGGUGCUCACUAAGAUCCUUCAGCAAGGGACAGAGUUUGACACGCUCGCAGAGACUGUGCUUGCAGACCGCUUUGAGAGACUUGUUGAGCUGGUCACCAUGAUGGGAGACCAGGGCGAGCUGCCCAUAGCCAUGGCACUGGCCAAUGUGGUCCCCUGCUCUCAAUGGGAUGAACUGGCCAGGGUGUUGGUGACACUGUUCGACUCUCGCCAUCUGCUAUAUCAGCUGCUAUGGAACAUGUUCUCUAAAGAGGUGGAGCUGGCCGACUCUAUGCAGACCCUCUUCAGAGGAAACAGCCUUGCCAGCAAGAUUAUGACCUUUUGCUUUAAGGUCUAUGGUGCUGCAUAUCUGCAGAAGCUUCUGGAGCCACUGUUGAGAGGAAUUAUUACCACACCGGAGUGGCAGCAAAUCAGUUUUGAAGUAGACCCUACCAGGCUCGAACCAGUGGAGAACCUGGAGGAGAACCAGAAGAACCUGCUGCAGAUCACAGACCGCUUCUUCCUGGCAAUUAUCAACUCUUCAAACGAGUUCCCUCCACAGCUGCGCAGUGUGUGCCACUGUCUGUAUCAGGCUACUUGCCACUCCCUUCUGAAUAAAGCCACUGUUAAAGAAAAAAAGGAAAACAAAAAAUCUGUGGUCAGCCAGCGGUUUCCACAGAACAGUAUCGGUGCAGUAGGAAGUGCCAUGUUCUUGCGCUUUAUUAACCCAGCUAUUGUAUCACCGUAUGAGGCAGGCAUCCUAGACAAGAAACCUCCACCUCGCAUCGAGCGUGGCCUCAAACUCAUGUCUAAGAUACUCCAGAGCAUUGCUAAUCAUGUACUGUUCACAAAAGAAGAGCAUAUGCGGCCCUUUAAUGAUUUUGUCAAAAGCAACUUUGAUGCAGCCAGAAGGUUCUUCUUUGAUAUUGCAUCUGAUUCUCCACCAAGUGACACUGUGAAUCACAGUCUAUCUUUCAUCAGUGACUGCAAUGUGCUCGCCCUGCAUCGUCUGUUAUGGAACAACCAAGAAAGAAUUGGCCAGUACUUGUCCAGCAACAGGGACCACAAGGCAGUGGGCCGCAGACCAUUUGACAAGAUGGCCACCCUCCUGGCCUACCUGGGCCCCCCUGAACAUAAGCCAGUAGCUGACACACACUGGUCCAGCCUCAACCUCUCCAGCUCAAAGUUUGAGGAAUUUAUGACAAGGCAUCAAGUCCAUGAGAAGGAGGAGUUUAAAGCUUUAAAGACGCUCAACAUCUUUUACCAAGCUGGCACGUCAAAGAAUGGCAAUCCUGUCUUUUAUUACAUUGCUCGCAGGUUCAAAACCGGACAAAUCAAUGGGGAUCUCCUGAUCUACCACGUCCUUCUGACGCUCAAACCAUACUACGCCAAGCACUACGAGAUCGUAGUAGACCUCACCCAUGUGGGCCCCAGUAACCGCUUUAAGACGGACUUCUUAUCCAAGUGGUUUGUGGUCUUUCCAAACUUUGCCUAUGAGAAUGUGGCUGCCGUGUACAUCUACAACUGUAACACCUGGGUACGAGAGUACACCAAAUACCACGAGCGACUACUGACCGGCCUCAAGGGGAGCAAGAAGCUGCUGUUUAUCGACUCGCCUGCACGUCUAGCCGAAAACAUUGAGCCUGAGCAGCAGAAGCUGCCUGCAGCUACCUUGGCACUGGAAGAAGACCUCAAAGUGUUCCACAAUGCCCUGAAACUGGCGCACAAGGACACAAAGGUGUCGAUCAAGGUGGGAUCAACAGCUGUUCAGGUGACCUCAGCCGAGCGAACGCGUGUCCUGGGACAGCCUGUUUUCCUGAACGACAUAUACUAUGCUUCAGAGAUCGAGGAGAUAUGCCUGGUGGACGAGAACCAGUUCACACUGACCAUCGCUAACCAGGGCACCCCUCUCACGUUCAUGCACCAGGAGUGCGAAGCCAUCGUUCAGUCCAUCAUCCACAUCCGCACACGCUGGGAGCUCUCUCAGCCAGACUCCAUUCCUCAGCACACAAAGAUCAGGCCUAAAGAUGUUCCUGGCACCCUGCUCAACAUCGCCCUCCUCAACCUGGGAAGCUCUGACCCCAGUCUGAGGUCAGCUGCGUACAAUCUCCUUUGUGCCUUAACCUGCACCUUCAACCUGAAGAUUGAAGGCCAACUCCUGGAAACAUCUGGCUUGUGCAUCCCAGCCAACAACACCCUUUUUAUUGUGUCCAUUAGCAAAACGCUAGCAGCUAACGAACCCCACCUCACUCUGGAGUUCCUGGAAGAGUGCAUCUCUGGCUUCAGCAAGUCAAGCAUUGAGCUGAAGCAUCUGUGUCUGGAGUAUAUGACUCCUUGGCUGCGUAAUUUGGUGCGCUUUUGUAAACACAAUGACGAUGCCAAACGGCAACGUGUAACGGCUAUCCUGGACAAACUCAUUACUAUGACCAUCAAUGAGAAGCAGAUGUACCCCUCCAUACAGGCGAAGAUAUGGGGCAGCUUGGGUCAGAUCACAGACCUGCUUGAUGUGGUGUUGGAUAGCUUCAUAAAGACUAGUGCUACGGGGGGUUUGGGAUCCAUCAAGGCUGAAGUGAUGGCUGACACAGCUGUAGCUCUGGCUUCAGGAAACGUCAAGCUGGUGUCCAGCAAGGUGAUUGGCCGGAUGUGUAAGAUCAUCGAUAAGACAUGCCUGUCCCCCACCCCCACCCUUGAGCAGCACCUGAUGUGGGACGACAUCGCCAUCCUGGCCCGUUACAUGCUCAUGCUCUCCUUCAACAACUCUCUGGACGUGGCCGCUCAUCUGCCCUACCUGUUCCAUGUCGUCACUCUGCUGGUGGCCACCGGCCCGCUGUCACUCCGAGCGUCAACGCAUGGCCUCGUUAUCAACAUCAUACACUCGCUCUGCACCUGCUCACAGCUCAACUUCAGCGAGGAGACUAAACAGGUGCUGCGUCUGAGUCUGACUGAGUUCUCCCUGCCCAAGUUCUACCUGCUGUUUGGCAUCAGUAAGGUCAAAUCUGCGGCGGUCAUCGCCUUCCGCUCCAGCUACAGAGACCGCUCAUUCUCCCCUGGCUCCUAUGAGAGAGAGACCUUUGCUCUUUCUUCCCUGGAAACCGUUACAGAGGCUCUUUUGGAGAUUAUGGAGGCCUGUAUGAGGGACAUUCCUGGAUGCAAAUGGUUGGAUCAGUGGACCGAAUUGGCACAAAAGUUUGCAUUCCAAUAUAACCCAUCUCUUCAGCCACGGGCGCUUGUGGUGUUUGGCUGCAUCAGUAAACGUGUGACUCAUGGACAGCUCAAACAGAUCAUUCGUAUUCUCAGUAAAGCCAGUCCUCUGCUCAGCAUUGAUCGGGGGCUGGAGAGCUGCUUAAAGGGGCCGGAUAAUUACAACAGCCAGGUUCUCAUUGAGGCCACCGUCAUCGCUCUCACAAAACUACAGCCUCUCCUCGAUCAGGACUCUCCCAUGCAUAAAGCUCUGUUCUGGGUGGCUGUGGCUGUACUUCAAUUGGAUGAAGUGAAUCUGUAUUCUGCCGGAACCGCCCUACUGGAGCAGAACCUGCACACACUGGACAGCCUCCGGGUGUUUAAUGAUAAGGUGUCUUCAUGUCCUGAGGAGGUCUUCAUGGAGACCCGGAAGCCUCUGGAAUGGCAUUGUAAACAAAUGGACCAUUUUGUGGGACUCAACUUUGCCUCCAACUUCAACUUUGCAUUAGUGGGGCACUUGCUCAAAGGAUACAGACAUCCCUCUUCCACCACUGUGGCCAGGACAGUCCGUAUCCUUCAUACGCUCCUGGGCCUGGUGGGAAAACACCGUAGCUGUGACAAGUUUGAGGUGAACACGCAGAGUGUGGCCUAUCUGGCAGCUUUGCUCACAGUGUCAGAGGAGGUGAGGAGCCGCUGCAGUCUAAAGCACAGGAAGUCAUUACUGCUCUCAGAAGUUACCAUGGAAAACUUUCCCAUGGACAUGUACUCCGUGUACGACACUGAACCUGGAUGCAGGCUACUGCGUGAAAACCAGCCCUGGGCUUCUCCGAAAGUGUCAGAGCGCAGUCUUGCACCUCCGUACUCUGCAAUGGGGCAGACCAGCCUUCGCCCACGCAAAUCCAUGAGCGUAGACAUGGGCCAGCCGUCACAGGCCAAUGCGAAGAAACUUCUGGGCACUAGAAAGAGUUUUGAUCAUCUGAUUUCGGACUCAAAAGCCCCAAAGAGACCAGACAUGGAGUCAGGCAUCACCACACCUCCAAAGAUGAGACGAGUUUCUGAAAAUGACUAUGAGAUAGAAACUCAGCGAAUAGCCAACUCCCAUUUACGCAAAGUUUCUGUGUCUGAGUCCAAUGUCCUCCUAGACGAGAAUAUUCUCACAGACCCGAAGAUCCAGACGCUGCUCCUUACUAUACUGGCAACACUGGUGAAAUACACUACGGAUGAGUUUCAUCAGCGGAUCCUGUACGAGUAUUUGGCUGAGGCCAGUGUGGUGUUCCCCAAGGUCUUUCCAGUAGUCCACAACCUGUUGGACUCCAAAUUAAGCACCGUCCUUUCCAUGUGCCAGGACCCCAACCUCCUGAACCCCGUCCAUGGCAUCAUUCAGAAUGUGGUUUAUCAUGAGGAGUCUCCUCCCCAAUACCAGCCGUCCUGCUUGCAGAGUUUCGGUUUCAACGGUCUUUGGAGGUUUGCCGGGCCCUUCUCUAAGCAAACCCAAAUUCCAGACUAUGCCGAGCUUGUGGUUAAGUUCCUAGAUACGUUGAUUGACACUUACCUUCCUGGUAUCGAAGAAGAAGGAGGGGAGGAGUCACUGCGCACCCCCACCUCUCCAUAUCCGCCCACCGUCCAGAGCCAGCUCAGCAUCACGGCCAACCUCAACCUGUCCAACUCCAUGACAUCUCUCGCCACCUCACAGCACUCACCAGGCAUCGACAAGGAGAACGUUGAGAUUUCUCCCACCUCGAGUCUCUCCACCAGUGGGCGAGCACGACACGGGUCAGCCAGCCAGGUGCAGAAGCAGCGUAGUGCAGGCAGCUUCAAACGGCCAAGCAUCAAAAAGAUCGUCUGAGAAGAUUUGAAGCAUUUCUCUCUACUCCGUGGCCAUCGUUCUUCUCCACGAAUCCUUUUUGCUUUCCGUUGUCCAGUUAACAAGGUUCCUGCAUUGAAGAAUCGCUUAAGUGUUUGUUUUUUUUAAUACCAGUUGAAGCUUGACACACACUUGCCUAAAUGAACUACUUCAGGAGAAUUCACUGAACUCUUAUGUGUUGCACUCAACAUCGAAAAUGUCUUGGGACCGACCACAUUGAAAUGCUAAAUCUGUCCAGCUGAGGCGUCCACUCUUCGUUUUGCACAAACUUGAGAUUAUGUCCUCAUCGAUGUCUGAAAGAAACACAAGAAUGAGAAACUGAUCUGAUCAACCACUACAGCAAACAGAUGACCAACCGUGUGGAGACUCGCAGGCUCAUUAUCCUGGCCUCCGGCCUUUUUCCAUUUUGUCCCGGACCCAAUACGGGAUGGACGAGGGGCCUGUCCUGUCCUGAUAUCCACAUGCUUGAAAUCUGGAUGGCAAUCCAAGAUUAUAUGUGUACUAUAUUAUUGACGAUAAUAACGAUCACAUGUUUUGGGUUCUUAUUUUAUCCAUUGUGUGCCUUUGUCAGGGUUUUCAGCUGUGUAUAGUUUGUAAAAUAGGCAAGACCUUGCUAAGGAAGGGAAAACAGGUACUAAUUAUGAAAAUGUGUUGCGGCUUUAACAUUUACCAUAUUGUCCAUACGUCGCUACGGUGUAAACUGUACCAUGUGACCAUCAACUACUAGAAUAUCGUAUUGCAGCAUCUAAAUAUUUAUUCUGUAGAUAAUGUUUUCGGAGAUCACAUGAAGGUUUGCUUUGCGAUCGGUCGUAAAAAAACAAUUCUAGAAGAGCAGUGGAUGAGUAUGUAUUUUUUUUUUCCCCAAAAUGCACAAAUCAAACACGACAAAUUGGCAUUAAUAUUCAUGUUUUAGCAUUGUCUCACUGUGGUGCAAUAUGUUUUUUAUUUGUUUCGUUGAACACUAUGUGUGUGUAUACAAAUUGCACAUGAUUUAAGUGUGUGAUCAGGAAAAAUCCAUGCACACUUUUACCUUCCCCUGUUCCCGUCUCACUAACAGCUCACGUACGGCACAGGAAUCCCAAUCCCACCACAAGCUGACAUAGUAACAUUGCACCAAAGACUAGUUUGCAAUAUUGUGAGGGGAAACUAUUGUGAACUCCAUUUUGUAUAUUUUUAUGUCUGUCUCGUCUAUGUUGUAUGCCUUAAAUAAUUAUUUUCUUCCAUACAGUUCUCACUAGCUUUGUAACCAUGUUUUUGGCGUUUCAUUUAAUCGUUUUCCCACUCGUCGCCUAACCAGUGAAUUGCAAAAUUAAACACAAUUGUGCCAUUUAAGUUGGAAUUAACAUGCCAUUUGCAGGGCUUCACGGUGUAUUUAACAUACAAUGGCCAUCAAAAUUGAAGUGGGCGAUUUUUGUGUGCAAUAUGUUUUCUGCAUUACUUUUCUGUCAUUAUUAUGCCUAUCUGCAAAUCUACAAGGAGGACACGGUAGUGUACCUAGUAACAGACUCAAGUACAUUGUCUCUUUGAAAUGCUUAUUAAAGGGAAACUUGUAUUACUAAAGAAAAGGGUACCUGCCAAAUGUUUGAGGACGGAAUAUUUAUGCAUAAUUUUAAUUUUAUGUUUCUGAAAGGAUUGCAUUGAAAUACUAGAUGUUUCACACUUAAAAUUGGGACCAAAUCAAUGUAAUUUUUCCAUUUCAUUUGUAGAUUUAUUUUACAUUUUCGUAUGUUUUACAACGUACUAUACUGCAGGUCCAAAAAUGUACGUUCAUGCUGACUUGUGGUCAUUUUAGGGCACUAAGUAUUUACAGUGAAAUAUCAUCCCAACUGCAGAUUUCAGAUCACAGUGAUCAAAAA